CCGGUGUUUUUAGUAACCAAUAUUUUGUGUGAUAAGUCAAACAACGUUGUAUAAAGUGACUCAAGUGAAUGGACUACCUUUGACACCUAUAUGCCACUAAAGGCCAGACUGAACUUAACUGCUAGGCGUCUCAUGUUUUCGACGUGGAUGUGAUACUUGUUGAAGUUCACAAUGGAUCCUGACCCUGAUGUGCAGAUGCCCCCUGAAGAAGAAGACUUGGAGAACUGGGGCAAUGGUGUGGAUGUUUCCAACAGAGAAAGGGAUCCACGAUCAAGUUACACAGCGUUUGGUGAAAGAGCAAGGAAGGUUAUACCAGGUGAGAGCCAGUGCAAGAUGUUCUGUGGGGGCAAGCAGUGCAAGUACUGCACGACAGAGCAUUGGAAGCCAGAACAGAUGGUCAUACCAGGGGUGUACUCUGAAUGGGUCACAGACAACAUUUUAGCCAUGGCCCGUUUGUCUAAUGCAAAUAUAGAAAAGUAUCAGAUGAUUAAAAGUUUUAAGGAACAUAGUGUGAAGACAGUUAUUAAUCUGCAACAACCAGGUGAACACGCACACUGUGGGUUUGGUAAUGAUGAAAGUGGUUUCUCCUACAGCCCACAGAUUCUCAUGGAAAACAAAGUAUAUUUCUACAAUUUCGCAUUAAUGGAUUACGGAGUGGCAUCAGUCUCAACACUACUGAGUAUAGUUAAAGUUAUGCAGUUUAGUUUGUCUUCAGGGAAAGUUGCUGUACAUUGUCAUGCUGGGUUAGGAAGGACUGGGCUUAUCAUUGCUUGUUUCUUGAUAUUCAACAACAGAGUCAGUGCCCAGAAGGCAGUGCAGUAUGUUAGGUCAAGAAGACCAGGGUCCAUUCAAACCAGAAAACAGUUAAAAACAUGUUACAUGUUUGAAAGAGAAAUCAAAAUUUAUUUCAUCAUAUUUCCAUCAAAAGUUGAAGGUGCAAUGCCUUUGACAUUUAGUAAAUCUUUGAAAAGGCAAACAGAAAUACUUCAUGGUUACGAAGCCAGAAAAUUAAAACACAUUCCUAAAGUAAUUUACGUCUGCUGUGAACGCCUACUUGAACUGUGUGGUAGGGGUGGCUCUCUCUCCAACCUGCGCAACAAACCAAUUGAACCCACCCCACCCGAUCUGGAAUCCUUGGCCGGCUGCUCAACCAGCCGUGACCUCCCAGACAGCCUGGGUAACUCAUUAGGGCUGGGGGAUUCUCAAGACUUUCUAGGCUCAUCCAGUGCCUCUUUCAGCAACGGUGAGAUGCUCAACCAACAGGCAAACUCUUCCAGCAAUGAUGGGGAGGAUGAUGAUGAGAAGCUUGAAAAUGGUGAUGUUGGGAGUGGUGAGGAGGGAGGCGUCAACACCUCCCAGCAGGAUUUGGCUGGGAUGGAUUACACAAGACAAGAGUCAUCCACCCUGUGUGAGGCAAAGUUCACAGUACAAGAGCUUUGUGAUAAGAUUGUUGACAUGGAUAAGUCCAAACGUACUACAGAGAUUAACAGCAAGGUGGAUGCUCUAGAGGAGUUGCUAAACAAAAAGGAUAAAGCAUGGCAAGAUUUGGCUAGGGAAGACAACCCUGAAGUGGUGUGUGGAGUCUUGUUUGACUGGAUUGAUCAGCUCAGUGAGCCCAUCUUGACAUCACAAGACAUUUUACUUCUACUGAAAGACAACUCAACCGAUCUUGGGAAAAUUUUGUUGCACUUGCACAGGAGCUUGAAGCAUUUCCUGGAGUACAUCAUACUAGUGCUGUCCAAGUUCCAGCCCCUUGAACAGAAGACCACUGACAAGCUCUUGGAACUCUUCCUAUGUAAGCUGUGCCAGAAAAAAUUAAACAUAGGCUUUCUCAAAAGGUCAAUGUAUGAACAGUCCUUACACGCGAUGGAGGCGAAAGAUCUUUUUAUCAUAUUUGAGAGACUCUUAGACACUCAAAAGGGAAUUCCAUUAGUUUCGUCCUAAUGUAAUCAGGAGUAGCUUGUCAUGUUUACUUUCAAAAUUUACUAAACUACUUACUUUUGACAAGAAAAUAUUCAGGGACAUUUCUUUAUGUUAUGUCAUUUUUUAGUAGGCACUCUAAAAACAAUGAUAAAAACAACAAAUGUUGAUCACAUGUAAAGAACACUCCAGUUGAGAUUUUUUGUUUACUUUUUUAGUUUUGCAGUUUCACUUUUAAACUUACAAUCAGAAAAAAAAAAUCGUUUAAAAAUAAUUUUGAUUUUUACAAUCUUUUGUCAAUUUUCCAUGUUGAAACUUCAUAACAUUUGUGACAAUUUUUUAUGAUAAAACAUUUGUGACAAUUUUUGAUGGUGAAACAUUUGUGACAAUGUUACAUGUUUGUAUGUCACAUUAGUGCUAAUGUUGUAUGAGGAAUCAAGUUCCGUGUUGUAACUCUCAAAUGUCUCAUAUUACUAAGUGGACUUACGUAUUUCUGAAUCACUGCCGGUGUAUGAAUCUUCUGUCUUAGUGUUUUCCUCAAUCAUUUUCUCAUCAUAGUUAUACAUUCCAAGAUAAAUUUUGUUUGUAACAAUUAACAUUCCCCAAAUGUGUGAUUGAUAUUUAAGAAAAAAUAAUCAUGUGAGUGCAAUGUCAGCAGUUAAUACAAUUGAAAUAAUGGAGUUAUUGUUAAACCCUUAGUUAGCUAAAUACUUUUGCCAUUUCAUAAUUUACAUUCCUCCCUCAUUUAGACUUUACAGAUAUUGUUGUAUUUAUACAAGGGAGAUUAUUUUCAUUCAGGGUAAUAUAAACUUUGGGUAUUUUUUUUUGACAGGGUGGUAGAGGUGAUUCUCUGCCUUUGUCAGUUCACACUUUGUUAAAUUUUUUUCAAGGGAGAUAAGAACCAUUCUUUGUAUUUAAAGUGCACAACUUGUUGCAUAUUGUUCUGUAAUGUGUCUACAUUUACAAAAUGAUAUAAUGUGUAUCCUUAUACAUUACUGGGCUCUACUAGUGAUUUCAUUUUUUUUUAUCUACCUCUAAUCUUUGUUUGUU